UGACAUCGUUGACGUUGACAUCAAAUUCAUUUUUGAAUUGAAUUAAUUCAAUCUUGCAUUUUCAAUUUGCAAUAUUGCACUGUACGCUAAAAGUUGCUUUCGCCAACGUAUAUUUUUAUCAGUAAAGUAAAGUAGGUUACAUACAUUAAUAAUUGAUUAAACAUACACGUACAUUUAAUACAAUAAAGUACUUACAUCUUAAUUUUAUUACGUUUCAUUUCAACAAUAACAAAUAAGUGCAAAAAAUGGAAAUAGCGUUCAAAGGUAAACGGAUUUUAGUGACCGGUGCAGGACAAGGUAUAGGCAGAGGAAUAGCAGUCGAACUAUGGCGGGCUGGAGCAAAUAUAGUUGCUUUAUCUCGAACAAGAAGUCAUUUAGAAAGUUUACAAAGUGAAUACCCUUCUAUUGACAUUGUUGAUGUAGAUAUAACAGAUUGGAACAAGACGCGGGAAGUGGUAGAAUCCUUGGGACAUUUUGAUGCACUAGUUAACAAUGCUGCUGUUGCUGUAUGCGAACCAUUCCUUACUUGCACAGCUGCUGAUUUCGACAAGACAUUCAAUGUCAAUGUGAAAGCAGCUCUAAAUAUUAGUCAAGUAGUUGCCAGAAAAAUGGUAGAAAAUAAAACUCGUGGUGCCAUUGUCAACAUAUCUUCACAAGCUUCCAAGGCAGCUUUGAAAGAUCAUGCCAUAUACAGUGCAUCAAAGGCUGCCUUGGAUGCUUUGACUCGUGCCAUGGCUUUGGAGCUUGGUCCUCAUGGGAUCCGAGUGAAUGCUGUUAAUCCAACUGUUACCAUGACUGCUAUGGCUAAGGUCGGCUGGUCUGAUCCAGAAAGGAGUGCAGAAAUGAAGGCAAAAAUACCACUAGGAAGGUUUAGUGAAGUUUCUGAAGUGGUGAAUGCAGUCGUUUUUCUAUUAAGCGAAAAAUCCACGAUGAUAACUGGUGUUGAAUUGCCCAUUGACGGUGGCUUUCUUGCUACAUACAAGAAACAUGGAAUGUCAUUCGGUACAACGCCAUCUAGUGAAAGCACCUUAAACUUAGAAAAACAUCUUAUCAACCUGUAUCAUUCUUGUCCGUAUAAAAACAUUCCGAAUACGGUCAAGAUGGACAAAUACUUUGAGGGCAAAAGAAUUCUCGUAACUGGAGGAUGCCAAGGUAUUGGGAAAGGCGCCGUUCUAGAGUUGUGGCGUCUUGGUGCUAAUGUUGUCGCUCUAUCGCACCAAUCCGAAAACUUGGCAAGAUUAAAAAGUGAAUAUCCAUCAAUAGAAACUGCAUGUGUGGAUCUUGCCGACUGGGAUGCGACUCGGGAAGUAGUAGACUCGCUGGGGAUUUUCCACGGCUUGGUGAAUUGUGCUGGGUUUGUCGUAACCGAGUCGCUUCUAGAAUGUACGCCAAAAGUUUUCGAUCAAACUAUGAAUAUUAAUGUCAAAGCCAUUCUCAACGUAACUCAAGUGUUAGCCAAAAAAAUGAUAGAUAAUGGUAUAAAAGGCUCGAUAGUUAACAUAUCAUCACAAACGUCGAAGGCAGCAAUAAAAGAUCAUGUAGCAUAUGCGGCUUCCAAAGGUGCUGUAGACUCGAUGACUCAGGUCAUGGCGCUGGAAUUGGGUUCACACGGAAUAAGAGUCAAUGCGGUACUUCCAACCGUUGUAAUGACCGAAUUGGGCCGACGAGUGUGGUCAGAACCCAGCAAAGCCCAGUAUAUGCUUUCGAAAAUUCCUUUAGGAAGAUUUGCCGAGGUCCAAGAAGUGGUUAACGCGAUAGUGUUUCUUCUCAGCGAUAAAGCAAGUAUGAUCAACGCGGUGCAUCUCCCGGUCGACGGAGGAUUUCUCUGUGCGUAAUAUAAGCGUUCACAAUUAAUCAAUAAAACAAAAAAUCGGUUUUA